UCGAAGGAAUCUCAACUUACCACCAACGAAUCAGCCUUGCAACCGUUAAAACAGUUUCAAAAAACAUAGUUUUUAAACGUUUUUAGUGCGUUGUUGAGUAACCCGUUUUGCCAGUUGUCAAUCAUUCAGUCAAUUUUGAGGUGAAAAAAGCGUGGCAUACAUUUGUGCGCUCUCAUUGAUCCGAAUUCCCAAGCUAAUUGAAAAACUUUUCAAAGCACUUUUUCUCGAAUUCCGGACAGUGUGGAAAGUAAAUUCAAGUUAAAUCAGUGCACUGACUCUAUUAAAUAUUUUUGAAUAAAAAUAUUACAUUGAAUUUCGGUUUAAGCUUAUUAAGAUUUAAAUUGAAAAUCGUGAUCGCGUAAUUAUAUACAGAACAGUUUUUCAUCAGCGCAAGGCGACGAAAGCGACAAGCAGAAAUGUUUCAUUUGAAGCCCCAACUGAGUCAAGGCUGUGCCCUGGCCCUCAUCUGCCUGGUGGCCAUCCAGAUGCAGCAGCCCACCCAGGCGGAGGUAUCGCCAGUUCAAGGCACUCCUCUGAGCAAUCUAUAUGAUAAUCUGCUGCAGCGCGAGUACGCCGGUCCCGUCGUCUUUCCCAACCAUCAGGUGGAGCGAAAGGCCCAGCGUUCGCCUUCGUUGCGCCUCCGGUUUGGACGCAGUGAUCCGGACAUGCUGAACAACAUUGUGGAGAAGCGUUGGUUCGGCGACGUCAACCAGAAGCCCAUUAGGUCGCCCUCCCUGCGCCUUCGGUUCGGCAGAAGGGAUCCCAGCUUGCCCCAGAUGAGACGCACCGCCUACGAUGACCUCCUCGAGCGGGAGCUCACCCUCAACAGCCAGCAGCAACAACUCGGCUCCGACGGCGACUCCGAUCUGAGUGCCGACUACGAUGGCCUCUACGAAAGGGUCGUCCGCAAGCCACAGCGUCUUCGCUGGGGUCGCAGUGUGCCCCAGUUCGAUGCAAGCAACGAGGAGAAUGAUAAGUUUCAACAGAAAUGGGAUAAAUUGAACAAGGUGGCUCAGUUGCUGCAGCUGCAGCUGGAGGAACUCAACCCGAAUGUGUCCAACGAGGAGGACAACCAGACCGACGAGGACUUCCAGUUUCUGCGAGAGGUCCGCAAGCCAAUGCGUUUGCGAUGGGGCCGGAGCACUGGAAAAGCUCCCUCCGAACAGAAGCACACUCCCGAGGAAACUUCAUCGGUCCCACCGAAGACACAGAACUAAGUUACAGAAAAUCGGGCAAGUGAAGGAACUGCAGGAGUAUGGCAACAAUUAAAUGAAAAUCGGAAGCAAGCUACACGGUCAAUAUCCAAUGCCAAAUAAGAUACAGAAAACCCCAAUGGAAACCCCAAGUCAGAUAAAGUUUUUGAAAGCAUUUUUAAGAGGCGCAGGGAGGCAUGGGCUAAGAAAAACAUACUAAAGAACAUAUAUCUUAUAUAUCUACACAUAUGAUUAACCAUAUAUGUGUAACUUUUGGUUUUUAGCAACUACAUAAAUAAACUAAAACUUACUUAAAUAUUUUUGCCGUAAACUUUAACAAUGCGCAGGUAACACAAGGUAAAACAAAACUAUCUAUAUUUUCAAUUCCAGUUUUAUUUAAUUAAAUUAAAUUUAAUUUUUGUGUGUAAGUUGAAUAAUUAAAAGUGCGUACCCAUCAAAAUUGUAAAGCCUCCCUAUUCCCAAUAUGCUCAAUUAAAAAUUUUUAAAUUAUUCGAUCGCCCCCAAAAACUUUUAGACUCAAUGUAUAUAAAAAAAAAUACGGAACUUCUUAUUCUAGCGCAAAAUUUGUUAAUGAACGCUAAAAAGCUAUACACAAAUAUUAUUAUGUUGAUUAAAAAAAACUUCUUGAUUUCUAAAGUUGUAAGCGAAUUUCGAUUUAAUGUUACGAUGGAAGUGUUUGAAAAACAUAGAGGCCCCCGGAAGCUGUAUUACUGUAACACUUGUUAUAUUAUGUGUGCUACAAAUUAUAAAUAUAUGUAUAUCAACUAUUAUAUUAUACGACUAUAUAUAUAUACGAUGAACAUUGUCUAUUGAAAUUUUAUUCAUGUAUUUUAAUAAACGGAGAAUUCAAUUACAAGAAAGCAUAAAGCCGAUUGUUGUUAGAACACUUUUGUAUAUUUAAUUUACACCAUCAUUGAAAUUAUAAUUUACCAAGCAAACGUAUGAUAAAGGAAAUACACUUUGUUGUAAAAUCCAUAUCCCGCUGAAUGCAAUUUUCCGAUGAAAAUUGCCGAAAUCGUUUCUCGCGAUAUAUAUCAGUAUGUACGCAUAUAUACCUUUUACUGAAUGUAAUACCAUGAAUGUAAAUAAAAGAGCAGGAAUAAUUAAAAGCAAACAUAUUUUACUCGAUCUAUGCUACAAAUAAAUAACUCAGAUGGAGUAAAAAAUA